CAAUCAUUCAAUCCAGUAUUCAAGUUACUUGAGACCUAUCAUCCCGGGGAAAUAUCACUCAGAAAAUGGAGCCCUCUUCGAAAAGGUCGCGCAAGCUGCUGGAUGACAGCUCCAGUGAUUCGGAAGAUGAGUCUGGCGGAGUUCCCAUCAGCAAUGAAGAUGUCGUGUUCAAGAUCAACGAAGAUUAUGCUCGUCGCUUCGAGUAUAACAAGAAGAGAGAAGAGAUGGUACAGUUGGAGUCAAAGCUAGGCAAGUCCUCGGUACUCGGCAAACGUCGGGAUCGUGACGACGAAGAGGAUUCAGAAGAGGAGUCAUCAUCCGAAGAAGAGGACGAUUUCGGAGAGUUGGCUACUGAGGCUGUGGAUGUCGAGAUCAUGGAAACUAUCAAGGCAAUCCGAUCCAAGGAUCCCCGCUUGUACGACCCGAACGCCAAAUUCUUCACCAAACUCGAUGAGGAGGAACAACCACAGAACACCGGAAAGAAGGAGAAACCGAUGACUCUUCGCGAUUACCACCGGGAGAACCUACUCAGCGGCGCGAACUUGGCUGACGAGGAAGACACGAGCAAUGCUCCCAAAACCUAUGCUCAGGAGCAGGCUGACCUGAAGAACGCCAUAGUCAAGGAAAUGCACGCUGCUAUUGGCGACGAGGAUGCAGCCGAGAAGGAAGAGGAAGAUGACUUCCUUGUCGCUAAAUCUAAGCCCGAGUCUUUCCCUGAAACCAAGACUGAUGCAAACCUUGACAUUGAGAAUGCGGACAAGGAUCCGGAGACGUUCUUGUCGAACUUCCUCUCAUCCCGGGCAUGGAUCCCCGCUGGCAGAUCGGAACUUCAGCCGUUCGAGUCUGACGAUGAGGAGGAGGAUCAACGCGCGGAGGCAUUCGAGGAGGCAUAUAAUUUCCGCUUUGAGGAUCCCAGCAAGAUGAAUGCUACACUUAUGACGCAUUCUCGUGAUGCCACAAACCAGCAGUCUGUCCGACGGGAGGAGAAGAGCAUGAGAAAGAAACGCAGAGACGCGGAGCGAGAGCAGAAGGAACAGGAAAAGAAACAGCGUGAGAUCGAGAAGAACCGUCUUCGCAAGCUUAAGAUGGAAGAAUUGCAGGAGAAGGUUGAGAAAAUCAAGGAGGUUGCCGGCAUCCAUGGAACUGAAUUGACGGACGAGGAUUGGGCGCACUUCUUGGACGAUGCCUGGGAUGGCAAGGAUUGGGAGGCCGAAAUGCAAAAGCGGUUCGGUGAAGACUACUAUGCCGAAGCUGGCGCUGAUGGCACAAAGCAUCCCAAGAAGCCUACAUGGGACGACGAUAUCGACAUUAAAGACCUCGUGCCAGAAUAUGAGGAUGAGGAAGAGAAGGCCGUCAUGGCCGACUCGGACGUCGACAUGGAGGAUGAGCAGGAAGGCGAGAAGAAGAAGAGCAAGGCACAGGAGAGGAGAGAUCAGAAGCGGGAAUCUCGCAAAGAUCGCAUGCGUGUCGAGGAAGCUGUGGACCGCAAUCUUGAUCUCGACAUCAGCUUGCUUCCUGGGGCAACAAAGAAAAACGCUACUGGAUUCCGCUACCGCGAAACCUCGCCCCAGAGCUUCGGACUUACUGCUAGGGAUAUUCUCAUGGCUGAUGACAACCAGCUCAAUCAAUUUGCCGGCCUGAAGAAACUUGCAUCAUACCGUGAUCCGGAGAAGAAGGCCAAGGACCAAAGGAAGUUGGGUAAGAAAGCCCGCCUUAGGCAAUGGCGCAAGGAUACCUUUGGCAAUGAAGAAGGUCCCCGUAUCUCCGAGGAGGCUCCCAAGGCCCCUACGCCAGACACGGAAAAUGUGGGCAAAGUCGAUAUUCGUGACGGUGAGCCCAGCAAGAAGAAGAGAAAGAGGUCAAAGAAGCACUAAAUGCUUGAAUCGACCUCCUGUCUCGCAUAUGUGUUUCACCACAUGGUUGUUGAAUGGUUUUAGUUCGAAAAAGUAUUUAGCGAUACACUCGUCUGUUCUGAUAGAUUAGAUGCAAGAUAUACCUAUUUCGUU